CUUGAAGGUGAUGGAUUGAAUUUUCGAAGCGCUGGUCGCCAUCAUGCUGGCUUUGGAGAAGGCAGGGUCGUUAUUCACUGGUUGGAUACGAUCGUGCUUGACAUGUCUACCGGGCGAGGAUGGUUGUCAACCUAGAGCGGGGAACGGCGUUGAGCGGGAGAUGAAAAUAUGCCACACUCAACCGCACCUUGUUCCGCCCAUGAAGCUGGUGGUAUACGAUGACCUCCCCAGUCCAAGUCUCCAUCAACAUCGGAACUCACUGUCAUCAUGGUUCAACGACAGCCGGAACUUGGCCUCGCGAGCCUCUAACCGGGCAAGCAUGUCUCUGAAACGAUCUUCAACCACCCCGUUGAAGAUCGGCGCACCUUCGGACUUUCGCAGAGUGCAAUCCUUCCAUGAUCACCCGUCACAGUCAUUCCAUGCUCCUCCCCCACCAACCUAUCAACCAUUGGACCUCCGCAUUCAUCGAUCAGGCAAUCGAUUGUCUGACCUACCUUCAUUCGAAACCUUCCAACUAAACGAGAGCCCCCAGCGCAAGACGCUACCGGUGCCCCCUCGUGCCCUCACGACUUCAACCGGCGUUCGAGAUCGAUAUCGCCAAAAAACAUUUGUAGUCUCUCGCAAGCCAGUCGGGUCCCAGAAACGCCGCUCACUUGGGAACGUGGAGCCUCUUCCCGUCGAUGAGCCUGUUCGCACCACUAGUACUCUGGUUCCGCAUUUCUCCAAGGUCACUCCCGUCGAGAUCCCUCUUCCAGAAGCUCAGGCAGCAUCUCCAGUCCAUGGCAGGUCGAAAUCGGAAGGGAACGAGCUUAAAUUGAACACCCCAUGGCCAAACGACGUAAACACCAGCGAAUCAUGGGGAAGAGUACCUCGGACCCCACCUGCAUCCAAGAGCCUGUACACAGACUCACCGGAUUCAUCCCCAUCCAAGUACUCAGCAAUGUCCAAGGACAGUCCUUCAUCAGCCAGCUCGCGCACGAUGCCAUCACAAAUCUCAUCACGCCGUCCCUCCAUUCCACUCCCCGAGAACCGAGACACAGUCGAUUCAGUCCCCUCCUCUCUUUCCAACCGCGUAACUCAAUGGAUGUUCCCUACACACACCAAGCCCUCUACGCCCCCAAAGCAAACCUUUAUCCCUGGCGAGAGCGGGUUUAAUUGGGAGCGAACCCGCACGCUGAGUGGCACCACAGUCGCAUCGACUACCACGACCAUCACCGGUGGCCCAAGAGCACGGAACAAUAGCUCCAUCUCUAGUGCCUUCUCUAGUGCUAUUACUCCCCGCACCUCAUUCCAGGUCCCCUCAUCUGCUGCAGAAAAGGAUGUUGACCCUGGUGUCUGCUACCCGACCAUCUUUGAAGGUCAGCAGCAGCACCAUCAGUUCUCUUCGUAUCAUGACAAUGGACAUAUACGGUACCACGAGUCCUGUAUUGGGUUGGCGUUUUGA